ACCAUACUAAAACAAUCUAUUUCACUUGCUCACACACGCACGCACCAUCUCGUUCUUCUGAGUUCUAACUUAAUCUUAAUGGAGACUCUGAGUUGGUCUCACAAUGUCUCUUCGUCUCUUCACCUACCCCUACCCCACUCCGUAUGUAAUUCUCCACCUUUUCAAUCUUCUCCAUUGUUUUACCAGACCUGCCAGGUUAGGAGGUUCAGGAUUUGCUGCACCUCUCAUCAAACCUCCAAGGGGAAUCAGAUGAUCAUAUCUGUAACUGGAGCAACAGGUUUUAUAGGUAGAAGGUUGGUGCAAAGGCUUCACGCAGACAAGCAUAGUGUUCAUGUCUUGACACGCUCUAGAUCUAAAGCUGAAGCAAUUUUUCCGGUGAAAGACUUUCCAGGAAUUAAGAUUGCGGAGGAGUCGGAAUGGAAGAAUAGCAUUCAGGGCUCAACAGGGGUGGUUAACUUGGCUGGAAUGCCCAUAAGUACCAGAUGGUCUUCGGAGAUAAAAACAGAAAUCAAGCAGAGCAGGAUUAGAGUAACAUCAAAAGUUGUAGAAUUAAUAAACAGUGCGCCAGAGGAUAUUCGACCUAAAGUUUUUGUUAGUGCAACAGCUGUUGGUUACUAUGGCACUAGUGAGACACAAGUGUUUGAUGAACAAAGUCCAUCAGGAAAUGAUUACUUGGCCGAGGUAUGUCGAGAAUGGGAAUCAACAGCCUUAAAAGUAAACGGGGAUGUUAGAGUAGCUCUAAUUCGCAUUGGUGUUGUUCUUGGUAAAGAUGGUGGAGCACUAGCUAAAAUGAUACCUCUCUUCAAGAUGUUUGCUGGUGGACCUAUAGGCUCUGGAAAACAAUGGUUUUCCUGGAUUCAUUUGGAUGACAUUGUUAAUUUAAUAUAUGAAGCACUGAUAAAUCCCUCCUAUGAAGGAGUAAUCAAUGGAACUGCACCAAAUCCUGUCCGAUUCGCGGAAUUGUGUGACCAACUAGGAUAUGCCUUGGGUCGCCCGUCGUGGCUGCCGGUACCAGACUUUGCCCUCAAGGCUGUCCUUGGAGAAGGAGCUUCUGUGGUAUUAGAAGGGCAGAGAGUGCUUCCGAAUCAGGCUAAGAAAUUGGGUUUCCCAUUCAAAUAUUCUUACGUGAAAGAUGCCCUUAAAUCAAUUCUUUCAUGAAGCAAUAUUACCAUGUCAUCUGCCAUAUUCUUUAUUCUUUGGGCUCAUGCUCCACAACUUUUUAGCGGCAUUCACCGUUGACUGAGAUUUCUGAGAUCAAUGGAUGCUUCAUGGCAUUACAAUAUCAUAAUAUUAUUAUUAUUAGAUAAUAUA